GUGCCUGUAAUUUCCCAUAUUAACAAAAAUGAUGCAGGGAUUUCCCUUCAGCCAUCUGGUCCUGGCCCGGCCUCCCAACUGGACACGCUUGGAAGUCCUCCAAUAUUUACCCGGUGGAUCUGCUGCAGUGCGCACUAGAGGAUCUGUUUUUGAUCAUCAUCGUGUCCGAAUCUGCGGUCAUGUGACUUCAAGAAAGAGCAUGUGGACUCCCUGCUGUUGACUAGAGGAGCUGAACUCAGAGGCGACGGAGCUCACCGACACAAGUAGUCGUCUCCUUCUGAGUGCACAACGGAUUCUUUUCUUGAAUUACAAGACAGAAAGCCAUUGACCACAUAUUGCUUCCGACGCAAACAAAAUGUUCCUGCAGGAGUCAGAAGAGAGCCGAACUGAUGACCAGUCUGAAACAGACCAGGAAUACAUGGAUCACAUGCAAGACAGCUGCCACUCCGACCUCUACCGCCACCCGCGGCUGGACGCUGACAUCGACUCUGUCCGGUCACUGUACUCGGACUCGGCGAUAUCGAUCAGGGAGUUUGACUCUCUCGACAGCGUGGACAUUGACCUACAUGUUACUAUCAGCUCUUUGAAUGAAUCAGUAGCCAAGGCCUGCAGGAUUAAUUCUUCAGAGCCGAUAAUUAUUCGUCUGCACUUCUCUCCUUCUCAGUAUCUCGAUGGACCUGCACCAACCGUUGAAGUCUUCCAACCAUCAAAGCCGGACAAGUUUAGUAUUGGGAAACAGCUACAGAGUGUCUUGACAGUGUUUAUACGUCAUGAGUGGAAACAUCUGACGAAUCUGAACAUCAUUGGGCGUCAGAAGGUCCGAAACAGCUGGUUCAGGCCCGUCGGAACCAUCAAGAAAUUCCGUGCGAGGCUGAGCAUCUGGCUCCCCCUCUCCAAAUCCACUCAGCACCAGGAAACCACAACGAGGAGAAGAAUUGAUUUGCCUCUGAGGAGGUUGAACCAUUUCUCCAAUCAAUCUUACAACAUCAAGAAUCCCUCAGGGGAAGUCUUCACCUACACGCCCAGUGGAAAGAGGGUGGUGGUGUCGGCGGUGAAGUCGUCCGCUCAGCUCAGCACCAAACAGCUGAUAGAGCUGCUCUUCUUCUCUCAGGCGGUUAAGCACUGUAAAGCUGCUCCAUCACUGCAACACGGCUUCCUGGUUCAGAUAAUGAAAUACGCAGAGCAGAGGAUCCCCACCUUGAGUGAAUACUGUGUGGUCUGUGAUGAGCGCCAUGUGUUCCAGAGCGGGCCCAUGUUGAAGCCGGCGGUGUGUUCGAGGGAGCUCUGUGUCUUUUCCCAUCAUGCAUUAGGUGUGAUGUCUGAUGCUACAGACGAGGUUGCCACGGGUUCAGAGGUGGUCGACUUGCUGGUGGCGAUGUGUCGAGCGGCUCUUCUCUCAUCACGCAAGAGCAUUGUCUUUGACCCUUAUCCUUCUGUAGUGGACCCGUGCAACCCCAAGACCCUGGCCUUCAGUCCAAAGAUGAAGAGCUUUGAUCGCCUUCAAAAAGCUCUGGACACUGUCUUAAUGAUCAGGAGGAUGUCUCAGGGUCCAUAUUCAGAUUUAAAGAAGCAAAUGGAUAUGAUUGACCCGCUCGCACAACCUCUGCUGCAGUGGAUUCUAUCAAGCAACAGGUCACAUAUAGUCAAGCUUCCUCCGACCAGGCAACUGGAGUUCAUGCACACGCCUCAUCAGUUCCUGCUGAUUAGCAGCCCGCCCUCCAAAGAAGCUCGUUUUCAAGCGGCCCGGAAACUCUACGGCAGCACCUUUGCUUUUCACGGUUCCCACAUUGAAAACUGGCAUUCCAUCUUGAGAAAUGGUCUGGUCAACGCCUCUUACACAAAGCUGCAGCUUCAUGGAGCUGCGUAUGGAAAAGGCAUCUAUUUAAGUCCAAUCUCAAGUGUAUCAUUUGGAUAUUCCGAGAUGGGUAAAGGACAGCAUCAAAUCACCACCAGAGACGAACUGCUGAAUAAAUACAAUAAAAUCAACAAACUCCAACAGGGGCAGCUGGAGUCCAGAUUUCUCCAAAGCAGGAACCUAAACUGCAUUGCACUCUGUGAAGUCAUUACUUCAAAGGAUCUUCAGAAACAUGGAAACAUUUGGGUGUGUCCGGUGCCCGACUAUGUGUGCACUCGUUUCCUCUUUGUGUAUGAAAACGGCCAGGUGGGGAAUGUCCACAUCAAUACAGAGGAUGCCAAAGUCCAGAGUGAUAUUUUACAAGUAAUUACUGCAAGCACAAGCUAAAGCCUCCUCUUCUGCUUUGUCAGCUCAACAAGACAAAAAUGUGUUGGAAAAACUGUUUUUUUACAUCCUUAAUAAUGAUGUACUUGCUUUCAUUUUGUGAAUUAUUGAUGGUCUUUGUGAGCUUUGCUGCCAGCUCAUAGUGAUGACGGUCCACAGCCCAGACUUUGUAUCAUCAUAAACAGACAAUGAAACAGCCUUUUGUCCCAUUCUUAAAGAGAAUGUCCACUGGAGACCCCCGACCUUGGUGCUAUGUCAUGCAGUCCCACUUAGUAUUUAAUUUAGAAUGGCUUUUUACAUUUUUCCACAGCAUUUUCAUGUUUUCGUAUGUAAUAAUGACUGACCGACAUUGAGAAGCAACAGUAUGAAGUGCUCUUUGUGUUGCAUUAUUGUAAGAGAAUAACAAUAAAUGGCAAGGUCAGCAGGUAUUUUCAUUUGUGUUAGUGAAUGUUUCGUCAGGAAUGACAGUCCAGUUGUUUCUUUGUCCAAUGGCACUUUCUUCCUCUGCAUUCACUGCACUUGUUAGCGUUCAUCCACUAAGUGGA